AUGACUAAAACUUUAAAUAUUGUUUUAAUUUUUAUUUCUUUAUGCUGUUAUGUUAAAACUGGUUAGUAAAAACUAAUAAUUAUUAUCAACUUAAUAUUUUAUAUUAGAUAGUAAAAAAAAUGUAAUAAUCACAUUUCAAAUAUCAGUCAAUUAAUACAUAAUGACUACUUUAGUACAUUAAUUUAAUUGAAUGAUUAAAACAUUAAAAAAAUAUUGUUUUAUGUUUUUAUUAAUUAUAUUUAAUUGAUUUAUUAUAGAUUCUGAUUGUGGUGAACCACUAUUAGAGAAAGCAGUUCUCAAAGCAACAUCAUCAUUACCUGACAGAGGUCCAGAAAAUGCUAUUCUCAAUGGUAAAUAUUAAUUUAUAUUUAUAUACCUAGGUACUAGGUAGGUAGUGUUAUUGAUUGUCAAAAGGCUCUGGUUAAGAAAUAAUAAUCAUUAAUAGUUUUCAUAGGAACAUAUAUAUAUUACAUUAUAAUAGGUACAUUACUUUACUAUAUUAUAUUUAUCAGAAUAUACCACCUCUUAUUAUUCAAUUAUUUGAUAAAUCAAUAAAUAUCACCUCCAAAUUAAUUAAAAAGCAUGCACACUUAAUUAUUAUUAUUUUAUUUUAUUUUUAAAUACAUAUUUAAUAAUGAUUGUUUAAAAUAAAUAAGUACACUAAUGAAACAGUUAUGAAUAUAUUCACUCGAUAUUUUAUUAUUAAGUAAGGCGUAUUUUUCUGAUAAGAUUAUUAAAUUAGCAUUUAAAUACAAAUAAUCAAUUCUACUGAAAUCCCUGAAAAAUAUAUACUAUUUUUAUACUAUCAACUAAUAGUAUAUUAUAGGUAUAAUUACGAUGAUUUGGAUGAUAAGUUUAAAAAAGUUGUGAUUAUAAUUUUUUGAAAAAUUUGAGUAAGUUCUUAAUUUGUAGGAGAUUUUUGAAAGAAAUUCUAUGGUAUUAUUUAUUUUCAUUUUUUUAUGGAUUUUUACAAAUGAACUGUAAAUCCAACUAAAAAAAAAUUUCAUAAAAUGUAUUUUGAGGCUCACUUAUAGAACACACUCCCAUAGUGUGUCAUUUGUUUCUGAUGCACUCUGUACAUAUAAAAAAGAUUAUGUAAAUAAUAAAUAACAAAUCACCAUACGCCUAAAUUCUAAUUUAAAAAAUUGUUCAACUUAAAAAAUUAUAAAUUCAGUUAUUAUUAUAUCAUCAAUCGGUAAGGCAUAUGUUUAUUAUUUAUCUAUUUAAUUAAUGUCACAUUGAAAUUCAAAGUACCUACAUACAACUUAUAUAAGUAGGUAUUGAAACAAGUUUUUACUAAAAUAUUUUAUUAUUCAUUAACUGUGUGUUGUUAAAUCACUGAAAAUACAUUUUGUUUCACUACUCACAUAGUAUGUACAUUUUCAUUUAAUUCAAUAUAUUUGUUGCUUUUUUAUUAUUGGAUAUAACAUUUAUUAAUUGCAUUUAUUAGUUAUGUAAAUCUUAAUGUGUUAUAUUUAUUCUUUAAUUAAGUACAUUAAUAACACAUAUGAGGUAAGUAGUAUACAUUUUAAUUUAAAACAAAUUGAUUGUUUUAAAAAAUAUACUUUAUUGGAUAAAAAAAAAAUAAUGACUUUCUACAUCAAAGUAAUUUUUAGAAAUAUAUUAUUUAAUAUAUAGGUUUACGCCUAUAUUUAACUGCUCUUUAAAGAAAGUUCAAAAAAACAUAUAUAUAAUCAGGAUAUAUAUAUAUAUAUAUCCUGAUUUUCUACUUAUAACUAGGGCAAGUAAAAGCAGGUAGUUUGGUUUAACUUCACUAAAAAGAAAAAUAAUUCAAAUUACCCUAGAAUUUUAUAUUUUUAUUCAGUUAUUUUAAAAACUGUUUUAUCAAAUUUUAAACUAAAAUAAUUAUACAAAACUAUCUAAUAAAGUAACUUGUAUAUGUACUCAAAUUAUGAAUAUGUAUGUCUAAAUAUAUAUUUUAUUAUUACUAAUAAUUAUUCAGUAAUAAAAUAUUAAUUAUUACUCAUUAUUAUUAACACAUCAAUAUUCUCUGAUUGUGAUGGCUUUUGAAAUGAUUUAGGUUAUUAUUAUUAUUAAUUUUUUUUAGUUAAAAAUAAUUUAAUUAAAUACCAGUCAAUAGCAUUUUUGUAAUUUAAAUUUAUUUGGUAUUUUAAAAUUAAAAAAAUAUAUAUCAAACUGAAGGUUUAUAUUUUGCGACUAAUAACAUAAUAUAAAAAUUAGGUUUAAUAUAAAAAGGAUUUUGUCUUAUUUAUUUCCUACUUACCAUAAAUAAGAUUGUGGUUAUAAUGACAAAUAAAAUAUAGUUGAAGCUGUCUAAAAUGGAACUCUAAAGGAAUCAAAGAAAAAGGAUGUGUAUGUCUAUUUUGAUUUUUAAAUCAUUCAAACCCGUUUUAUUUUAUUAAAUUAACUAUAUAUUAUUUUGUACAAAAAGGUUUAACAUUUUAAAUAAUAAGAAUAUUGGUUAAAGAUAUUACCUAUAUUUGAUACAAUAGUAAAUUAUUUUAUAUAGAAAUUAUAAAUACAUAUUAUAUCUUUUAAACAAAGCAAACUAUUAAAUCUAUUGAAUUGAAUAUAUUAGAAUUAUUUUUCAAUUGGUCAUUGACUUGGGUUGUUUUCCUUUGUUUAGGUGUUUAAAUGUAUCAUAGUGGCUGUUUUAAUUUCCCCAAUGAAAAUUUAUUUUAAUGCACAUCAUUAUUAAGAAAAUUGCACGAUACAAUUCUACAAUGACAACAUCAAACAGGGUCCGUUGGGUAUUCGACUGUGGCAAUUGGUUUCCAUCAGAAAGUGAUUGGUCUAAAGCAUCUCGUUCUAUACAACUUGAAGAAAAAGAACGAAUUGGUCGAUUUGUAUUUAAACGAGAUGCUAAACGUUCAAUUAUAGGACAAUUAAUGAUAAGAAAAUUUUUAACAGAAGCUACUCAAUUACCAUGGUCAAAAAUAAAGACAAAAAGAGAUCAUAAUAAUAAACCCAUAAUUGAAGAAUUAAACUUAAAUUUUAAUGUAUCACAUGAUGGAAAUUUAGUAGUUUUAGCAGGUGAAGAAAAUACUAUUGUAGGUAUAGAUAUUAUGAGGAAUUGCUAUAAAGGUGGAAAAAGCUUGAACGAGUUUUUUAGAAUAAUGCAUAGAAAUUUCCAUAUAAAUGAGUGGGCUUACAUUAACAAGGGAACAAAUACUGACAAAAUUAAUUCAUUUUAUCGUUUUUGGUGCUUAAAAGAAAGUUAUGUAAAAGCAACAGGUACUGGAUUAACAAUUGACCUUAAAAAAAUCUGUUUUGUUCCAAAAAGUGAAUUGAAAAAAGAUAAAGUAUUAUGUGAUACUGAAUUAUUUAUUGAUGACCAAUUAAUGGUUGAGUGGAGUUUUCAUGAACUAUUGUAUGAUAAUUAUACGAUAACUGUAUGCAUAAAAGGAUCAAUGGCUCCAGUUAAUUUUCAAUUAAUAAAUUUCCAAAACUUAAUGAGUAAUUCAGAAAUGAUUUCAGAAGAGGAUGAAAAUUAUUGCAAAUCAUACUUGAGUAAAGAUGAACAACCAUAAUUAUUACUUAAUAAUUAAUUUGUUUGAAAAUUAGUUUAUUUUGUAUAACAAAUGGAAAUAUUAAUCAAAUAUGUUAAUAUUAUUUAUAGUCUAACAAAUUAUAGUUAUUUGAAAAUAAUAAGGAUAGGGAUUUAUUGUUUCAUGACAAACUAUCGCAUGUCAUUUAGUAAUAACUAUUAUAUUUAUGAGAAUUGGUUGUAUAUAUUUUGUUUUUUGACAAUCAUAAUAAAAGGGUUCAUGUGAUUAUGCGUGCCUUGUACAAGUAGUUGCAAAAUAGGAAAUGUUAUUGACUGGUACCACUAAAAAAAGAUAAUAAUUUUAUUUUUAGACAUUUAUGUUCUACUUAUUUUAUGUACCAAUAAAAAUAUGUACAUACAAUUAAAUAAAAUAAAGAAAAUUGUCUAUAGUAUACUUGUUUUAUAUUAUAUAUUAUGUAUCUUAAGAGUUCUAGUAGUUGUAGUUAACAAAAUAGAAAUUAAAGAGAGACUGUUUUGAUAAAAAGAGUAUUAUGAACUGUAGAAAGGAGAAUAAGUGUUAUUGAAUUGGAUCAAUAUUUAAGUUAGGAAAUAUUUGGACAAAUGUUUAGAAAAAUAGUUUCAUUUAGUUUUGAAAUACUUGUAUGAAGAACAACAUUUAUACUUUAUAAUUUACAGAAUGUAAAAUAUAGUUAUACACUCAAUACAGUACAUUCCUCAAUCGAGAUAAUCGUCACUGAAUUUACAUUUAACAGAAUAUGCUGUAUCAGUGUUUAUAUAAUUGCUACUAUACAUGACUGAUUAUGCUUACCUUGAAGAAGUGAAAGAAAAGGAAUUUUCUACAAAUAUUUUUUUCAAUUAAUAGACAUUGGUAGCUAGUAAUUUUCGUAGUUUAUUUUAUUUGGAACCGUUAACAAAUGUUAAGAAUACACAGUGUUUGACUUUGUAUGCAUGUGUUACAAACAAACCCAACUAUUGAGUUGAUAUUAAUUAAUAGAUUUCUUGACUGUUAAAGAUUUUUAAGAUUGACCACUUUUACCAUUAUAAAUAAAGAUUUUUAUUUAAUUUUUAAACCAAUUUUAUAGCUUAUUACUGACCACGAUUAAUUGGUUAUCUUGUAAACUCCGUUAAAUAAUUAAUGUUUACAUUUGUGAGAACGGCCCUUAAUAGUGUAAAUGACAAAUUAAAUUUAGAUUAAAUUAGCAAAUAAAAAUAAUGUAUGAAAUUGUAUAGCUGGAAAUAAUAUAAAUAUAAUUAAUAAAUUAAACAAUCUAAUAAAAAAAAAACUACUAUAUUAUUACUGUAUUUGUAAUCGUUUUUGUUUUAAUAUUUACGAAAUUUAGUUGGAGCAAUUUUUUAAAAUUGUUCAUACAUUAAAUCAUGACAACAGAUAGGUAUGAUCACAGUAUUACAGGUUUUUGUUUAGUAUCAAUGUAAUUAGUUGAAAAUCCCCUUCUAGAGGUUAUCGAGUUUGAACCCAUCAUUUGUUAAACUAAUUUCCUUUGUUACUUACCCGAUAUAAUUUUUACGAUAGUUAUUUUCAAUUAAAAGUUCAUCAUGAACUCGAGAGUGGAGGUGGUCAAAGGCUUGGACUUACAUAACGAGAUUUGUUUACAUAUAGGACACUAUCUUUUCGAAAAGGGGUGGCACAUAUACAGGCUGUCCCACGAAUAUAUACUCCUUGUAUAUCUCCGGAGAUAUACAAGUUAUUGUAUACUGGUUUUUUUAUAUUACUCACAUGGACGAGGACUACUAAUAUUUAUUUUUGUAUUCAAUUUUUUUUUUUAAUUUUUCUUAUUUUAUUAUUUUCGUAAAAUUUGAGUGUCACAUAUUAAUUAUAUCCGAUGAAUAAUUUCUAAGUAACAACUGUUUUAUAUUCUAUUAAUUCAUGUGAAAACCAUAGAUCAUGUUAUGCUAUGGAUAGAGCUAUUGUACAAAUAUUUGAAGCAAACUUAACUAAGGGGAGUUGGGACAGAUGCGCAUGCACAAAAUUUAUAUCACUUGCAAUUGGUCGAAUUCAUGUAAUCACGUGUAACGUUCCUCCCAUCACUUCCUGAUAGUAAAUAUGAGACAAGUCCUGAUACGCAUUCGUAAUCAGUCGCCUUAGCACUCAUUAAUAAUGAUGUCGCGUUUAUCAUGCAAUAGCAUAUGAUCUAAGAAAACCAAUGUUAUCGCGUAACGCAGUUAUAAUAUUAUUUUCUAGAUAACAAUGGUUAUCACACGAAUUAGAAUUUAAAACAGCUCUUAAUUAGAAACUAUUUAUCUGAUAUAAACGUGACGCAUUGAAAUUUUCGGAGAUAUUCAAGGGAUAUCUUUGUGGGAUAGCCUAUAUAGAAAAAUUAAGCGAAGCGAGUCGUCCCCCGCAAUUACAAACUUUUAUAAUAAAUUAAUCAGGCCAGGCCCCCCUCCCACAUCAAAUCGUGGGCCCUUGUUCUAAAUAUUUUUUUCGGGUCUUUACAAAUCUUUCAAUAAUACAAUUUACCAUAAAUUAUUAAAAGCCAAGAAUAAUAAACAUUUUAAUAAUAACAAUAAUUUUUUAUAUCAGUCCUAACAAUAACAGCACACACUAUCGAAUUUUAAACGGCUGAAGUUGCAUAGGACUAUCUAUAUCUUAGUCCAUAAUUCACAUGAAAUAUUAUGACCACGAUUUAAGAAACUUUGUAUAGGUAUAUAGUACUUAGAUCAUAUACUAUGAAUGAAGCUACUUGUGUAUACUCUACAUAAUUGUGUUAAAUAUAAACUCCCCUCUAAUCUUAAUAUCAUACUUUUGGGUAAUAUAAAUAAUGCACAUGUACGCCGGCUGCUGCCGUUAAAAUUAUCUUGAACCAAACUAUCAAAUCUAUAAAUUAAUUUUUGCAAUUUGUCUAAUUAGCUGCUGUACUAGUUUGAGUAUGAGCAUUAAUACGACGUAUCAGCAAAAACUAUGACAGUAAGAGGGGGGAGUGGUUAUUUGGAUACAGUGAGUAGCUGACAUAGCUCUAUGAAUAGACAAAUAAGUAGGGUGGCUUUAUCCAUAGUAUAUUAUCGUGAUUGUGAUAAUAAUUAACUACCUUUAAUAAAUUUGUAAUGUUAUCAGGAAAUAAAUAGGUAAUUAAUUUUUUUAAGAGGUUGGGAAGGGGGAAUUACUUAUAACUACCUUAGUGAUUUUAAAAGAAUAUUUAAGAUUUUAAACAAAAGACCAUAAAAGUCGUAAAAAUUAAGUAUCAUAACCUGAAAUCGUGGAAAAUAAAACUAAGACAAUUUUUUCCUGAAAAUACUGUUCCAAUUAAGUAAUUUCUUUAUUCAUAUACUGUCUCUUCAGUGGCAGUUUUCAAUAUUUUUCUGAUAUGGGUCUUAAAAUCAUGUGUAUUUAAAAAAUAUCUAUUAAUAGAUGAUAAACUUCUUUUUUAGAUGAAGUUUUCUAAAAAUUAUAUUGGUGUCUGAGGGGUCCAGACCCCCUGGACUACCAUUCUUAAUCUACCACUGGUUUUUUUAAAAUUAUGUAGCAAUAAUUUAAUAUAAAUAAAUAAAUACAAUUAUUUUGCUUAUAUGUAAUAUUAACUAUAAUAAUACCUAUGUCUUAUCUGCUGAUAAUCUGCCAAGAAAUAAAUUAUUUUGCACUUUUAAAAAUAGUUAAGUAAUUGUUUUGUUUGUUUGUUUGUUUGCUUCUAUUGUACUAAAGGCCGUAAUGCAUGGACAGCAUACAGUUCUGAUUUUGCUCAGUAUCUUAUUAUUGACCUGGGACAAACUAUGACUAUAACAUCAAUAGUAACCCAGGGUAGAGCAGAAUCUUCAGAAUAUGUAGAAACAUUUGGUAUUAGUUAUGGAUCAAAUAGCUUAGAUUAUGCUGAAUACAAAGAAUCAUCUGGAAAUACUAAGGUAGGUAACUAUAUUAUUAUAGUCAUCAUUUAUUAACAUAUCAUAUACUAAUAACAAAAUGUUUAAUAUUAUGUUCAAUAAAAGUAAAAAUACUUACCAAUUAUAUAUUUAUUAUCAGGGUUCAGAUUUUAUAGAUAGCACUAAAAAGUGCUAAGAUAUGCGCUAUAAUAUACCCUAAAAACAUAAAAAUAGUUUGUUUUUUUUUAACUUAUAUUGAUCUUAAAUUAAUUUUUUUGAUAAUCACUAUACCGGGUUACCUACUUAAAAAGAGAUAAUAAUCCAAAUUAUUAUUUAAUGAAACAGAAAUUGGGUAUUUUACUUAUCGAUUCAUAUAAAUUACAAAUUUUUCUACUAUUUAUAACUUAAUUCAAAAAAAUUAUUUUAUAAAAACACAUCAAUCAUCCUUAAUUUAAUUAACCAUUCUUAUUAAUAUAUAUUAUCAAAAACUAGCCCCAAAACUUGGAAAAUAUCUCUAAAUAUCCAAAAUAAAAUUGUAUAUUUGAAAUUCCUGAUGUAUAAAACAAAUCUAAAGCUUACUUAAUACUUUACUAUUUUGAUCUGUACUCUAUAAUAGUUAACAAAAAUUGUAGAAUCUGAGCCUUGGGUAUUAUAUUUUUAAUAAAGAGUAUAGUUUUUUUUCUUUUUGUUAAUACCUACAUCUAAGAAUUUUGUUAGGAUACAAAGCAUGGAGUCCUUCAUAUGAUUCUCUCGACCAUUCUUUGAUUGUUGAGUUUGAAAGUAAAAUGAAAGUACACUCUAUUUCAACUCAAGGACGGUCUUCUACCUUAGAAUGUAUCACUGAAUAUUAUAUCCAGUACUCUGAUAAUGGGCAGGGUUGGAAAAAUGUUGAAGACUCUCAUGGUGAAGUUGAGGUUUGAGUUUUAUGAUUGCCUGGAGUUUUAAUUGUUAACUCAGUAGUGUUGUAAAAAGUGUUAACUAGUGUUUUGGAUUUUUGCAUUCUAUUAUUGCACAUUAGAUAUUUUUUGUGAAAUUUCUAAUUUUUAUGUUUGCUUUUUUAAAUAGCUCAUUAUUAAUAAUAGUACAUUUUGUGUUUUAUAUUAUUUAAUAUUGUAAUAAUAAUAGAUUUUAUGUUGUGUUAGUUUUUACUAUAUUGGUAAUACAUUUAAUAUUUUGUUUUAUUUAUUAAUUAAAUGUUUAACUAAGAUCAAUUUGAUUAAUUGAAAUUAACUUUUAAUUUAAAAAAUAAUUUAAUAAUUUAAAAAAAAGAGACUUUUAAACUAUUAUUAAUAAAGCAUUAAGGUUUAAUUAAACACUGCGUAGGCUUACUUAAAUAGUUCUUUAUAAGCUUUAAGUGCUAAGUAAUUUGUUCAAUUAAACUAUAACUACAUUAUUAUUUUUUAUAUAUUUGAUAAUGUAAUAGUAUAUCUGUAUAUGUUUUAGUAAUUUAGUAAGGAUUUCUCAAUGGUAGGGAGGGGGAGUAAAACAUCCAAAAUAAUAUGUCAACGUUAAUUAUUUUAAUUACAUUUGGCUAUGUACUAUUUACUUAAUCAAUUAAAUAUGAAAAUAAAUUGCAUACACCAUAAAUCAACAUAAAUAUGAAACAAUUGAUAUAAGAAAUAAAAUAAUAUAUUAAAAAGUUCUGCCAAUGGUAGAGUGAUGUCAAGCUCAUGUACACAUAUAUAUUAGACCUCGUGCCCUUCUUGGCUAAACCACUUAUAUGUUGCAGUAAUAAUCAGAAUUUAGUUAUAUUUAAGGGUAUUAGCUUAAACACAUUUUGAUUGUGUAUGUCUUACAAAAUAUUUACUUUUAAAUCAUUAAAUAUAGUAGACCAAUAAAAUUGAUAACUAUUGUAAUUGGUUUCUACAUAUAUAAUGUAGAAAUAGCAUUGAGUCUCACUGAGUUAAUCAAUAGUUAAUGAUAAACAAUUUUUCCCAAAGGUGAAGUUUAAACACUGAAAUUGACUACUUGGAGGUUAUCUACAGUGACUUACUUAUAGUGUGAAGUCUGUUUGUCUUUUUAAGAUUCUGAGUGGAACAAGGAAUUUUAUUGGUUUUACAAUAUUUUUUUUUUCUGUGAGAACUUUUCUAUCAGCAAUUUUACUCCGAUUACCAAUAAUACCACUUUUUCUAAAAAAAAAAAAUGGGAAAAUAAGUACAAUUUUAAACACAUAUUAUUAUGGAAAAUAUAUAAUGCAUAUGUAAUUAUUUUACCAUAAUAUAACAUAUAUAUUGUUGACAUAGCAAGAUUCAAUCAAAAAGAAUCAACCAAACUCUGCUCAGAAUGGUUAUUUUCAUUAGCGAUAGUUUAUCGUUGCUUACAGUGUAUAACAAUGUAUAAGUAUAAAGUAAGUACAAUAAAGUAUAACAAUGGCUGCACCUGUUUCCAGUAUUCCAGAACAGCUCUUUUUUUUGGUUUCUUUUUAGAUUCUGAUUUGAGGGAGCUAUUGAUUUUACAAUGCUGUUUAUUUCUUCUUUCUAUGUUCUUGUUUGUUAACGUGUUUUUUCCUAGUAAACUUACUUUGGUUUUUACAUGUAGCAAGAGAGGUAAUUUUUUGAUUUUCAACACCAUUUUUUAAAUAAAAACACCUAAGUAGGAAAAAAAUAAAUACGGCUCCAAUUGAAAAACGACAAGAGACAAUAUUUUUGUUGAAUUUUAUUUUUUUUAAUAAGUGUUUUGAAAUCAAAUUUAAACGAAAAUUGCAAAAAAAAAUUUACGGCACUUCAAAUUAUGUAUUAAUGAACUGCACUCAGUAUCGUCUUUCGUCAGCAAUGAUUUAUUGUUGCUUACAGAUAUAUAUAAAAUAACCUUAUGUUUCCUACUUUCCUAACUUCUCAUCUACAACAGUAUCUGCUUUUUUUUAAAAAUUAAUUUGAUAUUCUCACAUGUUGUAAACUAAUACAAAUAUAUAAAACUCACAAAGUAAUAUACAUAUAUCUUUGAUUAAUAGUAUGAUUUAAAUUGUUGAUGCCAGGACAAAUAUUAGAAUAAUUGUGUUUUGUAUUUUUAUCGUAAAUUUUUAAUAAUUAUUAGUUAAAAGUAAAUAUGUAUGUCUUGAUUGAAAUAAUAAUUAGUUGUAACAGAAUAUAUUUUUAUUUCUAGCUAUUCAGAGGUAAUAUUAAUGGAGAUGACCCUGCAAGAAAUAUAUUUGAAGUUCCUAUCAUAGCACAAUGGAUUAGAAUUAAUCCAACCAGAUGGAGAGAUAGAAUUUCAUUGAGAUUAGAACUUUAUGGAUGUUCUUAUUGUAAUUAUUAUUUAAUCAAUUUUAUAAAAAAAAAAAAAAAUUAUUAAAUCGAUAUAAUAAAACAUUUAUAUGUUUAUUUUAGCAUCGGAUAGUCUCUAUUUCAAUGGUACUUCAUUAGUACGUUGGAAUUUAAAGGAUUCUCCAGUUUCUGCUCAUAGAGAAUCCAUUAGAUUUAGAUUCAAAACUAAUGUAGCAGAUGGAGUUUUGUUGUAUGGUAUUGGAUCGCAAGGCGAUUACUUAGCUUUGCAACUUAAAGAUAAUCGAUUACUGUUAAAUAUCAAUUUAGGUACCUAUAUUAAAAUCACUUUCAAAAAAAUAUGGUGCUUAUAUUGAAUUUUAAUAUUUUCAGGAUCACAAAUUAUGACUAGUUUAUCAGUUGGAAGUUUAUUAGAUGAUAAUAUUUGGCAUGAAGUUAUAAUAAUGAGAAAUAGGCUUGAUGUUGUGUUUUCUGUAGAUCGUGUUACAAUUCAGGGUCGCAUUAAAGGCGAAUUUGAAAGACUUGAUCUAAAUCGUGAAGUAUAAAAAUUAAAAUACUAAUCAUUUAAUAUUUAUUAAUAAAUAAAUAAUAUUUAUGUAUGUAUUUUUCCCAAAAGAUAUUUAUAGGUGGUGUACCACAUUUAGAUGAAGGGCUAUUAAUUAAUAAAAAUUUCUCUGGGUGUAUUGAAAACCUUUAUAUGAAUUCAACUAAUAUGAUAUAUUUAGUAAAAGAAUCUUAUAACUCUGGAGAUUCAUAUUUAAUGCAAAAAUAUCAAAAGAUAAAUACAUUGUAUACUUGUUUGGUAUGUCUGAAAUUGAAAAUAAAUUUUCAAAUAAUUAUUAAAAUAUAAUUUUUAUUAGGAAUCACCUGUUAUACCUGUUACAUUUUUAACACGAGCAUCUUAUGCGAGAAUUAAAAGUUAUGAAGGAAUGAAAAAAAUUAAUAUAUCAUUAUCAUUUCGUACUUAUGAAGAAAAAGGAUUGUUGGCCCAUCACAAAUUUUUAACUAACGGAUAUGUUAAGGUAUUUUAGUAAAAUGGCUUCAGUCGUGUUUUACUUUUUGACUUUGUGAUUUACCUGAUGAUGAAUUUUUUUGUAACUGGUUGUACAAUAUACAGAUCAUAAAUUAUAAUUUAUUUAUUUAUUUAUUUAUAUUUAUAAAUUACUUAUUUAUGAGUGUUAACCAUUUAAUAAUAUUGUUUUUACUUUAUUAUUUUAUUACAUUUAUUUGGUUGGUUAUUGUUUAGUUAUACUUGGAAAAUGAGCACAUUAAAGUGGAGGUGGUAACCAAAGAUGAUACACAAAUAGUUUUAGACAAUUAUGAAGAAAGUUUCAAUGAUGGUAAAUGGCAUAGUGUUAUUUUAACACUUAGAAAUGAUUUUUUGGAACUUAAUGUGGAUAAUAGGCCUAUGCAAACCAUUCGACAGUUAGAUUUUAUGACUGGAUUAAAUUAUUUUAUUGCAGGUAAGAUAUUAUAUUUCUAUUUGAUUGUUUUGUUCCUUAAUAUUGAAUUAAAUAAUAAAAUAUUAUUCUAUAAUUUGUAAACUAUUUUAUUUCAGGAGGUAUUUAUCGUACAGCUGGAUUUGUAGGGUGUAUGCGUUUAAUUACAGUUGAUGGAAAUUAUAUGUUACCAACUGAUUGGAAACUAGGAGUACAUACUAUAACAGAUAUAUUUUGUGAAAUAAAUAGUUAUUAUUGAUUAUUUUUUUUAAUUUUAGGAAAGUUAUUUUGGUGAAAAAGAUAUAUUAUUUGAUGCAUGUCAAAUGAUUGAUCGUUGUAACCCAAGUCCAUGUAAACAUUCUGGAACUUGUAAACAAAAUGCUGACGAAUUUUUUUGUGAUUGUGGAAGUACAGGAUAUGGUGGUGCUGUGUGCCAAACACGUAAAAAAUUUAAUUUAUAUACAUAUAAACAUAUGUAUUUUAAUUGAUUUUUUUUAAUAAAUAUAGCAUUACAUCCAUUAUCAUGUCGUGCAUUUAAAAAUGUAAAUCCAGUAGGACAAAAUUCUGAUAUCAAAAUAGAUGUUGAUGGAAGUGGACCAUUAAAACCAUUUCCUGUUACUUGCCAAUAUUAUGGUGAUUGUCAAUUUUAUAUUUAUUUUUAAUAAAAAUAAUAUUUAAAAUUGUACUUUUGUAACCUUUAAAUACAGUUUUUGAAUUACAAAUAAUUUAAUGAAAUUUGGUGAAUGUUAUGAAAUAAAAAUUGUUAAACUAACAAGUUGCUUAAACUUAUUAAAAUGUUUAGCUGAUGGAAGAAUAGUAACCACAGUUAGACACCAGAGUGAGAGUGGUUCCACUGUUGAUGGUUUUCAAGAAUCUGGAAGUUUUAAACAAGACUUCAUAUAUGAUGCAGACUUGUUUCAAAUUGAAGCACUUAUUAAUCGAUCACAUUCAUGUUGGCAACCAUUAAGUUAUUCUUGCAAAAAGUCUAGAUUAUUUAAUUCUCCAGGUAUUAAAUAUAAUAAAAUUAACUUUUUACAAAAUAUUAAUUACAUUUAAUAAUUAAAAGCAAAUGAAUUGGAUUUUCGACCAUUUGGAUGGUGGGUGUCAAGGCAUAAUCAAAAAAUGGACUAUUGGGGUGGUUCAAUUCCAGGAUCAUAUAAGUGUCAAUGUGGUAUAAUUGGUGAUUGUAAGGAUUCUACUAAAUGGUGCAAUUGCGAUUCAGGUAAUGAUAAAAACAUAAUAAGCAAUAUUUACUUCAUUAUUGUCACUAUCCUUAUUUCAUCUAACUAUUUAAAAUUGUCUGUAGGUUUUGAUACUUGGCUCUCAGAUGGAGGUGAUAUAAGAGAAAAAGAGCAUUUGCCUAUUAAACAAGUAAGAUUUGGAGACACUGGAACUCCUCUUGAUGAAAAAGAAGGAAGAUUUAAAGUUGGACCUUUAAUGUGUGAAGGCGAUGGUAACAUCUUAUUUAUUAUUUUUAAUAGAUAUUUAUAAAAUAAUUCUAAUAACCUUAAACCUUUCAUGGUUUAUUUUAUAGAUUUAUUUAACAAUGUAGUAACUUUCCGCAAACUAGACUCACAAAUUCGUUUGCCAACAUUUGACUUUGGACAAAAUGGUGAUAUUUAUUUUGAAUUUAAAACAACUAUUGAAAGUGCUAUAAUUUUUGAAAGUCACGGACCAAAUGAUAAUAUAAAAUUGUCCCUUAUAUGUAAGAAAAAAAAAUAUAUUUUUCUUAAUGUUAUAAGUAAAUUAAUUAUUAUUAUAUUUUAAGAAAAUUAUGUGAUUAUUUUAUUUGUUUAUAGCUGGUCACACUUUACAAUUUAAUUAUCAAGCAGGCAGUGGACCUUUAAGUGUCCGCGUUGAAACUUCUGACAAACUUAAUGAUGAUCAAUGGCAUUCAGUUGUUAUAGAAAGAAAUAGGUUUGUUAUUUCUCAAUUAAUCAAAUUCAUUUUUAUAAUCGCUUUAUUUUGUUCAAAUUUAGAAAAGAAAGUAGGAUUAUCGUAAAUGGUGCCUUAAAACAAUCAGUAAAAGAACCUCCAGGUCCUGCACGUGCAUUACAUUUAACAUCGGACUUUGUCAUUGGUAUGUGGUUAUGAACUAACUAUCUUUUCAUCAAAUGUAUUAUACCUAUAUAUAUAUAUAUAUAUAUGAUUGAUAUUUUAGGAGCAUCAUCUGAUGAACAAAAUGGUUUCAUUGGUUGCUUGAGAGCAUUUAUGUUAAAUGGAAAACUAGUUGACUUAAAGUCAUAUGCCAACAAAGGAUUGUAUGGUAUUUCUCCUGGUUGUAUUGGUAAAUGUGAUAGUAGUCCAUGCCUUAAUAAUGGAACAUGUUUUGAAAAAUAUGAUGGUUAUACUUGUGACUGUCGAUGGACUGCAUUUAAAGGACCAAUUUGUGCUGAUGGUAAAUAUAUUUUUUUUUAACUUAAUUUUUUAAAAAAAUAGUUAAUAUUCAUACAUUUUUUACUAUUGUAUAUUUUUAUGAAAUAUGUUUAGAGAUUGGUGUCAAUCUUAAGGCUAAUUCAAUGAUUAGGUAUGAAUUUGAAGGAAUAUGGAGAUCAACUAUAUCAGAAAACAUAAGAGUUGGUUUUACAACUACUAAUCCGAAAGGGUUUUUACUAGGGCUAUUUUCAAACAUUUCAAAAGAAUAUAUGACAAUCAUGGUAUCUAAUAGCGGUUAGUAUUUAAUAACAAUAUAAAAUUAAAUAUUCAAAUUACUUAAAUACAAACAUUAAAACAAUUUAAUUAAUUUUUUAUUAUUAUUGGUAGGUCAUUUACGAGUUGUAUUUGAUUUUGGAUUUGAACGUCAAGAAUUAAUCUUUCCAGAUCAACAUUUUGGUCUUGGACAAUACCAUGACCUAAGAAUUAAACGAAAAAAUGCUGGUGCAACUCUCGUUAUGGAGGUAUUAUAUUUAAGUAUAUAAUAAUUAAAUAAUAAUAAUAAUUUAAUAAAAUUAUUAUUGUAUACAACUAUACAUAUUGUAACUAUUAAAAAGGUUGAUGGGUCUGACCCUAAAGAAUUUAAUUUCAACAUCAAGGACUCUACUGACGCUCAAUUUAAUAAUAUUCAAUAUAUGUAUAUUGGGCGUAAUUCUUCCAUGACUGAGGGUUUUGUUGGUUGUGUAUCACGUAUUGAAUUUGAUGAUAUUUAUCCUCUGAAAUUGUUAUUCCAACAAGAUGGACCUCCAAAUGUCAGUGGAAUGAACAGUAAGGAUAAUAAAUAUAUAUAUUAUAGUAAACCUAAUAACUUAUAACUAGGUGAUUAGUGGAUGAAUAUUUCAGUACAAUAUAUGAAUUAUUAACUACUUACAUAUUGAAAAAUUUAAUGUAUAAUUUAUUUAUUAAAAUUAACUAGCCACAAUAAAAGAAGAUUUUUGUGGUGUUGAACCUGUCACACAUCCACCACCAACAAUUGAAACUAGACCCCCUCCUAUUUUAGAUGAAGGUAAAGUUAAGGAUGCAUACAAUGAGACUAAUUCUGCUUUAAUUGGUGGUAAAUAUUUGUAUUAAUUAUAUUUAUUAAUUUUUCAUGAUAUAUAUUUUAUUUAAAAUGGUUUGUCUUCUAGGGAUAUUUUCAAUUAUUUUAAUAGCAAUUCUCGUACUUCUAUUUUUGGUUGGUCGAUAUGUGGCACGUCAUAAAGGAGAUUAUAUUACACAAGAAGAUCGAGGAGCUGAUAUUGCAUUGGAUCCAGAUGAUGCUGUCAUGCACUCAACUACUGGACAUCAAGUACAGAAAAAACGAGAAUGGUUUAUUUAA